AUGUCCAAGAUAUCCCCAUGUCUCCUAUUGCAAAUUCUGACCAUUCUAAAAGUACUAUUUAUAUCUCAUUUCAAGAGUUUAUUAGUUGACAAGGAAGACCAGGGAAUCAAAACCAAUUUCAUACUUUAAUCAUGGGAUUAGAAUAACAUCGUAGAUUCAUUACUUUUCAUAUUCAAAUCUACUCCACACUAUGACAUCAGAGCAAUGAUCGUCUAUUUCCUACAUCUCAUCUUCCAAUAGCAAUUUCCAAAUCACAAACUCUAAACACAUUUAGCUAUUGAAUACAUCACAAAUGCUAUCGAACCCCUCAUGGAGUUAAAUCGAAGUUCCUAAGUCUAGCCUAUCAAAAAGGAAUAGCCAUAAUAAUAAUAAUAGUAAGGUGAUUUUGAUGAACUCAAAAAUCUAGGCACUCAAUUCCUGAACAAUGAUUAUGAAAGUGUUCCCUAAGCACCCUCUAUGACUAAUCGUCGUAAACCACCCUAAGGAUUCUUUGAUAAUAACUAAAGACCUCCUCCAAAUGCUCAAUCUAUACCUGCUCCAGAAACCGACAAAUCAAACCCUCCUUCCUUCUCUGUCGAUUAGAAAGGGAAAAAGAAAUUCCACAUAAAAAUUGACACUGAUGCUAUAAAUUCUCUCUAUAAUUUUGGAGGAGAAUAAGGGAAAAAAAAUGGAUUUGAUCACGAAGCUUUUAAUAAGGAAUUGGCAGAAAUAAACAGAUUGGCUAAGGCAUGCCAUAUGUAUAUGUAAGGACAUCGAGAACCUGAAGAACCAUAUGUAGAAUCUCCAAAACAAUAAGAAUCUCCUUUAUUAAAUUAGAAUGCAGAAUCACCUAAAUAAUAAUAGACUGUUGUUAGACAACCUCCUAUGUCUACAAAAAAUAGUUAAGCACCUAAACAACAAUUUUAAUAAGAAUUAACCCAAAUUAAGGAAGUUUCUUCAUCUUCUAUGUCCAUUUAGUAGAUUGAAUAAGUUUAAAAAAAAAGGAUUGAAUCGUUUGCCUCCAUUUAUAACUAGCUCAUGGGUUGGAUGAUUGAUAAAAUAAAAGUUGGAGCUAAUGAAACCUUUAUGAUAGAGGAGAGAGACUAAAUAAAGAAUGAAGGCAUCAUCAAUGCAAUAAUGAAAAUUGUUGCUUUUUCUAUCGAUGAUAAUUUAACAGCUUAAAUUUUGUAAGAUUUGCUUUGUCUUUGUAAAUCACAUCAAGGAAAUUCCAUACUUAUCUUAGGAUAGGCAACAUUUCAAGGCGAACUUCUUAGAGUACUAUCAGCACAAGAGGAUAAUACUCUGAUCUAUGAAAUUGGCAGUCGACUGCAUUCUACGCUUAUGGUUUAAGUCUUGAAAUCAGAAUUUAUUGGUGCUAACUACAUUUAUGAAUUACUAAAAUGGGGAAUUGAUCACAAUCAGAAAUUAGUUGAAAUGCAGAUGAAUGUCAUCAUUGAUUUACUUCAUGAGUAAUGCAAGACCUUUUAGACAGAUUCUCAAUUAUGGAAGAACAUAAUUCAGAUAUCAUUGUAUGUAAUUGAACUUAAGCAACAUUACCCAUAAUUGAUAACAAAGGUUAAUAAUUUUUAUGAUUUAAUUCAUAAGGAUUACUUAGUUAAUGGCAAUACAGAAGAAUAAAUUGCUUCAAUUUCUAAGUGUUUCAACCAUCCUGAGUCUGCUUAAAAAGUUUUAUCUUUCUUCAAUUCCAAAAUACAUAGCCAUCAAGUAUAUGAAAUCAUAUUGGAAAGUAGUAAUUAAACUAACUUUUAUUAAUUACUAAUAACUUAUGCAAUAACUUUUGAGAUAUGUUAGUUUGAAAUGACUUAUGGAUUGACACAUAUUUUAUCCAAAUUAAGGAAUCACGAGCACUUCAAAGACAGUAUUAAAUUUUUGUGUUUCAUAAUGUUUGUCUCAAAGGAAAAGAAUCAACCAUCUCAAUUGAGGAAGUACUUGACGGAGUUAUAUUCAGAUUUUGAAAUUCUAUUUGAAAAUUUUUCGGCUAAUUCAUUUCUAGAUGAUUCCAUAUUGGAUUAAUUGAUCUCUUUCCUAAUUCACUGCAAUGCUUUGAAGUAGGAAACCUAAAUUAAAGCCAACAUACCUUAAUAAUGGUCAAUUGAAUCAAUUGUUUCACCUCAGAAGGUUUCAAGAGAUGUCCAAUAGAUAGGGGAGAAUAAGUAUAUAGAAAUUGAAGAGAGGAAAGUUUAAUGGGUUUAUAGAGAAAGUGAGAGAGAGAGAAUUGGUAGAAACAAAUAUCACAAAUCAUUAAAUUCUUUGUUCUUGAAUGAUGGCUGGCUCUCUUAAUGUUAGGGGUGCAUCUAAAGAAACGAUUUGAUCUAAGACAUAACAUAGGAACAAUUUGUGUAAAGUAAGUACUUUAAAAUCAAAAUUUCAAAAAUGCUCACUAAAUCAUUUGCUAGACCUUAUAUCAAGAGUAUCCCAAUAAUACCAGAAGUGUUACGAAACAAACCAGUAUAUUAGACUCCAUAAACAGCUCCUCUCCUUUUGGGCCAUGAGAUGGAUAAAUUUGAAUAGCUUUAUGGAUAGAGACAAUCUACCAAUUCUCAAGCUGUUUAGGCUGCAACUCAAUUAUUGAAUAUGGGCAAGGCAUUUGGUAAUAAUAUACGGAAUGCAGUAAAAACUAUAGCAAACCAAAAGGUUUAGGCUGUAGAGAAUAUCAAAUCUUUUGGAGAGAAUACAUUUAGAGGAAAGAAGGUGAUAGUCAUAAAUGGACUCUAUAUUUAUUAUGCAUUGAUGAGUUUAACGAAUACUCACAUUUUAUUGUAAUAUGAACAUUUGAAGAGUGAAGGAUCACAUGCAGCUUUAGGAGUUUUUGAAUUGAAGGAUGAUUAGAGAUUACUUAAAAAGUAUCCAAUUUAUAAUUUGGUUUUGGUGAUAAAGAAGAAAUACUUACAGAGGAGGACUGCUUUGGAGAUAUUCUUCAUUGAUGGGAAAUCAUUAUUCAUCAACAUUUGCGAUUAAAACGAUCUGGAUGAGAUAUCUUCUAAAUUACUGAAGCAUCGCAAAAGUCAUUUGGCACCAUAUCUCAAUCAGAGUAAGACCACGGAUCCAGUGAAGUUAUUGGAGAAGUAGGGGUACUUGUAGAAAUGGAAUAAAUAAUAAAUGGGUAAUUUCAAGUACUUGUUGUUGUUGAAUAAUUUGGCAUCGAGAAGCUAUAAUGAUUUCACUCAAUAUCCUGUAUUUCCGUGGGUUAUUUUCUAGGAACCAAGUAGGGGUAAUUCAGAGCAAUGCAAAAGACCAUGGGUGCAUUGGGAAACAAUUCAAGAAUCAAAAGUUAUAUAGAGAGAUUUGAAUAGUCAGACUUUUCAUUAUGGAUCUCAUUAUUCAUCACUGGCCAUUACUUCUUAAUUCCUUAUAAGAUUGGAACCAUUCACAACAAUAGCAAAGGAGAUCUAAGGAAAUAAGUUUGAUAUUCCUGAUCGCCUCUUUUAUUCUUUUGUGGAGAGUUUUCGUUGUGCAACAGAGGACAUUGCAGAUGUAAGAGAGUUGAUUCCAGAAAUGUUUUGUUUGCCUGAGAUGUUCAUUAAUUUGUAGAAUCUGUAAUUUGGUAAAACUUAGAGUGGAAUCAUGGUUAACAAUGUAUAAUUGCCUAAAUGGUCUCAUAAUAAUCCUUGGAGAUUUGUGGCAGGUCAAAGGAAUGCCUUGGAAAGUGAAGAGAUAUAGAGAAAUCUACCAGAAUGGAUAGAUUUGAUAUUCGGAUUCAAGUAGAGAGGCAAAGAAGCAGAGAAGAAUUUAAAUAUUUACUUUUAUGUGACAUAUGAUCAAUAACUUACAUUGUAAAUGAUGGAAGAAAAUAGACUUAGCAUUGAAGCCUAAGUAGUGAAUUUUGGAAUUACUCCAUUAUAAUUAUUCUUGAAACCUCAUAUUGGCAGAUAGAUCAAUAAUGAACAUCAAUUUGUUUCGAAUUCACAAGAGUUGAAGGUUUAUAGACCAUAAAAUAAAAAGAAGGUGCCGAAUACUAUGAAACCUAUUAUUGAUUUGUAAUAAGCAAGCAAUAGAGCAAUUGUCAAGAUCAAAUGGAUUUCAGAUCUGAGAUUGAUAUGUAUAAGAAAGGAAGGUAAAAUUGAUUAUCUUAAAUGGACAAGUCAAACUGAUGUUCAAGCCAAUUAACCACCCUUCCAAUGUGGAUUAGAAAGGGAAAAACAAUUCAACUUUGAAAAACCUCAGACUGAACUUUUCAAUAUCUGGGAUGUAUCUGCUCAAUUGUCUUCUUAUCCCAUGUUGGUAUUCAAUCAGGGCAAACUAUUUAUUUGCGGAGGAUACCAUCUAGGUAAAUUGAUUAUCAUAGGUGAUAACAACCAAAUCAUUGAUAUCUAUCAAUUACACACAGCCACAAUCACAACAUUAGCUUCUGAUAAAAAAGAAUCUAUGAUCAUUUCUGGGGAUAAGAGUGGACAUGUCAUUUUAUGGAAUGUUGAUAAACAGAAGGAUAUUUAUAAAUUACAUGCCAAAUGUAUGUAUUUUGAUCACUAGAAUCAAAUCAAUUGCAUUUAUGUAUCUACAAGUAUGAAACUAUUUGCUACUGGAUGCACAGGUGGUUACAUUUAUCUAUAUAAUUUAUACAAUGGGCAAUUGAUGAGAUCAUUCGUACAUCCUAAUAAGAAUCCAAUCAACUCGAUUGUCAUGAGCAAUAGACCAUUGUUUUGUAUAGUUUUCUACUCAGCAUAUGAUCACCAGAUUUAUUGUUAUUCUAUAAAUGGAUUCUUAUUGGAAGUUCAACCAGAACAGAGUUCAUCCUUGAUUGAUUGUCAAAUAAUGAGGAAUAAUCUCUUCUAAGACAUCAUGGUAUACGGCACUGAGAAUGGUGAAUUGGUAAGAAGGUCUUUGCCUUAUUUGCAAUAAUUGAAAAGAUUUCAAAUAUCAGCCAAAUCCCCUGUGUUGUCUAUUACGUGCUCAAAGGAUAAGAAGUUCUUUAUAUGUGGAUGCAAUGAUGGCGAGAUUUCAGUAAUGGCAGAACCUCAACAAAAUAAAUGA